GAGAUUGCGGGGAAGAUUUAUUGUGAAUUAUCUUUUCUGAAAAAGUCCGAUUCGUAUGAGGAGUAUCAGGUUUUAGAAGAUAUUUGGUUUGGAGAUAGUAAUCGGCGUGUUCCCUUUCUGGUUUACUUUGAAGAAAUUUCAUGUGAUAUUCGCUGCAAUUGUCAUUUGUUUGAGUUCAAAGGGAUUUUAUGCAGACAUGCCAUUAUUGUGUUGAUUCAUAAAAGGGUUUCACACAUUCCAGAUAAGUACAUUCUACGGCGUUGGAGGAAAAACAUAAAAAGAUGUCAUACGAAAAUCAAGGUAAGUUAUAAUAAGUGGAGCACAAACGUUGAAGGAUAGCGUUUUGAGAAGUUGUCUAAUCUAAUGCUGACAGUAGCUGAUAUAGCAUCAAACAAUGAGGAAGACUGUAACAUGUUGAUGGAAUUGAUGACUGGAGUGAAAAAUAAGUUGGAGCAGAAGGAAAGUGAGGGAGGGUUUGGUAGUAAAGAGGGGGACAAUCCUCCGAAAGAGGGGAAUAGUCUAAUUAAUAGUCCACGGGUAGCUCGCAGCAAAGGUCAUCCUCCAUGCAAAAGAAAGCGAUCGAAGGUUGUUAAAAUUGUACAUAGGGCUAAAAAUAAAAAAUUGCGAAAACAAAGACUUGGGAAAGAAUCAUCAACAGAGCGAGACAACAUUGCUGAAAGUGUACCGGGAACUCUAGUGUUGUCAAAUGAUAUUGUUGCUACUCAGUUGUCCACUGGUCCGGUUCAGAAUCUCAUAGCAAAUAGUAAUUUAUAUCCUGGACAGGAGGAUGUAAAUUAUGAACAUGUUUCGUUGGGAGAGAUUUGAUAUCUUUAACCGGUUGGAGCAUUGUUGCAUUUGUAUUCGGUAGAAAUUAUCCGUGUUAUGGUUAAUUUCUGACUAAUGCAGUUGAGCUAUAUGUUGAAUCAGUUGUUUUGUUUUUAUUAUUUUUGUUGCUCGUUGGGUAAGAGUAGACUAUUGGU